AUGGACGGGUCUCCGACAGACGUGAUGGAUGGGGCAGAGAAUCUGGCAGCCGUUACGGCUGCCGAAAGUGCUGCCAAUGUACGCGAUAAGAGCGCCGACCAUGGGCAGGGAUGUGACGAUGCUGUUGUGGAGCCCAUCCCGGCCAAAUCCUUCUCCUCACGCCCGUCGUCCACGCCGGCGACAAGGACGGCACCACGGACUGACCGCGUCGGCAGCCUCGAUGACGACAAACGCCAACAGGUAGAAGCGUGGUCUGCCAACUCGCAGAGUCAUCACGGCUCGCUGAUCUCUGCAUCGGUGAAGAAGGACCGCAGUGGCGGUGUAUGCGCAGACAACGGCAACGGCGGCGCAGAGGUGCGGCAAGGACAGCAGCUGAGGUCGCCUCUCAUCACUUUCACAGAGUCCUCCUCCGACAUCAUGGACGCCACAGACGUACUACGUCACCGGCACGUACAGCACACCGCCGCACCGCCUUCAUGCAUCGCCCCUUCUGCUCCGUCGUCCCCCACAUGCGGCUCACCUCCGCUGGUCCCGACCGCAGCUACAGAGCAUCGACCGCAGCAGCAGCAGCAGCACAUCGACCACACGGUACUACGGUCGGCGCUGGACGUCGUGCUUCCCCGCGCGCUCACCCAACGAGCUCCUUCGCUGCAGAGAGGCGCAAUGAACCCGCCACUCUCACCGUCCUCCUCUAGGCCGAGUGUGCCGGCAGUUGCACACUCGGAUUUGCUCUCCAAGUCCACUUCUCAGCCCGAAACACAGCACACGCGCUCGUCCUCUCCAUCCUUGCGCAGCCCAACGCCGCUGGACCUCACGGGACCGCCGAAACGUCGCCCAGCUCGCCGCAGCGACAUGGUGGAGAGCACGGAGGCGAUGGGAAAAGUCGAAGACCCGAGCGAAGGCGACAAUAUGGAGCGGCGAGGCAACGGAUCUGCUGCUCCGCCCAAGUCCGAUCAGUCGCAGCAACUGUGCGCAGCGAAGAGUUGCCAGUGGACACAGCAGAGGCCACGCAGGCUCAGCUUCAGUGGGUCAUCAGCAGCGGCGACAGAGGACCACUUCGCCACCGCCUCCCAGGCAGAAGCCGGUGCACUUGACAAGAUCUGUGUGGCGCCAUCGCCCUCUGCCCCUCCUCCCGCUGUACAUUAUUCCGCCGCCAACGCGUCUGGAGUACAAGCUGAGGCACAGGAAACCAUCGCCGCGUCGGGCGGGUCGAAGCCUGAGCGGAUUAGCACGCCAAGAGCUGAUUAUACGCUGGCAUCAAGGGUGUCCGUGAAGGUGUCGCACACAUCGCUCAAGCCCGAAGCAGCAGUCGUAGCGCAACAGCAACGGCUGUCCUCCUCGCCGUCACGACAUCUUUCAUAUGGGCUCUUCCCCUCUCCAGAGCCUCUAAGGCACCUUGGGAGCCCUAUGCGACUUCGCGAACGGCAGCGGCCGUCAUCGCACCCGCUCGUGGGCGCGGAUGGCCACGCGCUGCCAGCGCCAGUGUUCCUGCCUGACACCCCUGCCACAGCAACGAGAGCGGCAUCGUGCGCAGGGACAUCCGCCACAGUAAUGCCACUCUCUGGUAGACACGUAGCGCGAUCAACGCAAAAUCUGCAGCGGCAGCUGUCGUCAGCCGUGCGCCAGAGUAUCCGCGGCGCAGACGGCAGUGGCGCUGGCAGUGCCGAUGGCGCACCGCCAUGUGUGCCGCAAGUGAUUCCGACGCACGACAGCGUAUUCUUCCCUAUGGGGACGGGCGUGAUUGCACCCGUGGUGCUGCACUACCUCACCGUCGCCGGCUGGUCCACGAAGGCGGGUGGGCGUGACUACUUCAGUCACCGGCGCCUGCGUGGAGGCGAGGUGGCGGGUCACACGGUGCGCUGGCUGCACACGGCGAAGCCACGUGACCAAUUCGUUUUCCUUGUCGCGCCUGUGAUACACCGCAAUGAGGCGGCGGCUGAACAGCGCCGGCGGUGCACACCCAGCAGCAUCGCCGGAGCGUCUCCGCCAGCGAGCGGAAGUGAAGGCGGUGGCGCCACUGGGCCCGCACUCGACGUGCCAAGCAGCGGUUCCAGCACAAAGGCCCACAUGACAUGGAGCGGCAAACCCCGCGCGACCACCACGACAACGCGCUGGGAAUGGAAUGCACCCGCUAAACGGCUACAGGAGCUCCGCGCACGCGUCUUCGGCGAAGCGCCGUGGUUCACCUACAGCACCAAAAAAGUGUGUGCGUGCAGCCUCAUUGCCCAGGUCAACGACGACGGCGCCCUCUCCAUCUCUGGUGCGGCCACGCCGAGCGGCGACAGCCUUAGCGACCCCAGCAAGGACGACGGCGAUGACGAGGAUGAGGCUGCAGACAGCGCCAGUGGCAGCAGGUCUUGCAGUGAUGACGCCUUCAGGCGUUCGCCACGCAUGCGGCGUUCAACCCAGUCUCUGUCUCCGUCCCUUCCAGGUGCACAGAUGUCAGGGGUGAGUGGCGGCGGUCUGCGCAAGGGCAUCUCCCCGCACAGCAUGUCACCGGCGCACUUGGCGCGGCAGUCCUCGCAAAGCCCACCUGCAAGCGUGGCAAGUGCGGCAUCUUCGCCCACAAGUUCGUCAUCGCUAUUCGUAGGGCUGGCGUUGUCAUCGCCAGGUGUACAGCGAGCGACAACGCAGAAUGUCUUACCGGCCAUCGUCCCAGCUCGCAGCGCCACCCCUGUCGAACUGCGACGCACCAGCAGCAGCGCCGGGGGUGGCAGCGGCAUCUACAGCAGCUACGUGUGGUCACCUGCCACAGGCACGGCGACCGCGGCGAGUGUGGCCUCGCCGGUCACCCCGCGGCAGCCACUGCAGUCGCUCGUUCCUGCAGCGGCGGCAGCGUCCUCGUCGGCGGCCGCGAAUACCGCACCGGCUUCUGUCGGCGUUGAGGUGGUGGUGGUGGCCCACGCCGAUGUUACGGCGAUGGACUACGCCCCACGGCUCACCUCGCAGCGGCUCUCGAUUGAGGCCAAAGCCGCUCACACGUACUUCUUCCCGCUGCUCAGCGACGCGUUGGCGUACUACCAGUGUGAAGACGCGAUGGGGCUCAUGGAAGAGCAGUGGUCUGCCGCGGUGACGAGCCAGAUUCCACGCCCGCGUGCGGCGGCCCCGCGCUCCCAGCGGCAGCAGCGCCCACGGCGGCAGCCCAGCCACCUGUCGGCCGCCGGUUUCGGCAGUGGAUGUCGCAACGCGAGCGUGCGCACAGCCCCGCUUUCGUCACUGGGAGCUCCGCUUCUGCACCAGGAUGGCGACUCACCGAACCUCGUCUCGUCUACCUCGCGGGAGCCGCCGAAAACGAGAGCGGAUGCGCACCGAUGUCGCGAGGGUGACUGCUGUGAGGCACAAACACCUUGUCCCGGCACGUCCACUGCAGACAGCGCACCGCGUGCCUUGUGGGGCAGCGAGGCGGGGAGCGAUCGCACCGCCACCGGUAUGAGUCUCUCCGGGACUCCUCUCAGGCUGUAUCGAAACCAACAGCCGCCGCACCACACACACACCCUCAUGCACCCAGCAACGUUGCCGCCGUCGCAGUCACUGAGCCUGUCAGAUGCGCUGCGCAGCGCUCAGGGCAUGGGAAGCGUCAGCUGCAGUGGUUCGCACGGCGGCGGCCGGCUGGGCCUCAGCAGCAUCACCACCUUCAGGCCCCCGACGCUUCUCCCUCGCGCCGCCGCAACCGCCCGCGUCACCCCCCCUUCAGCGCCUGCGGCCCCUCGCCUGGUUCCCCCCUCGCAGCCGCAGCCAUGCUGCCUGUCGCCAGCGCAACCUCACCUGACGUCCUCGCACGGCGAGAUAGUUGUCAGCGUGUACACAGCCGACCCUGUCUUCAACACCGUGCUGCGCGAGCUGCUGGUGCCGGAGCCGGGCACACACCCGUACACGGUGAGCGUGGCGGAGCAGAAGCGGCUCCUCUCCAUGGUCGAGGUGGGCAUGCCGGCGUGGUGCGUCUUCUACAGCUCCACCGGCCUGCCGUACCGUCGCCUGUUUCGCCUGCUCUACUCGGGUCUCACCAACCUCUGGCCAUUGCUCUCGCUCGCGGUGGGGUUGUACGACUUGUACAAGCACCUACCGCAGCUGAAGCGCUUCAUGGAGCACACGCUGGAGCCCAUUACGCGGUGGAUGGAGCAGCGCUUCACGAUUCGCGUCUCCGUCCUCGUCACGUAUCUGAUAUCCGUCGUUGUCACCAUCUGCAGCAGCCUCAGCUCCUUCGUCUCCCAGUUUUACGUGGUGCAGCUCUUCUCUCUGCCGAUCGUGCAGCUCGUGCUGGCACUGCUGAAGCUGCCCUUCGUGAUCGCAUUCGACACGGUGUGGACUUUGGCGACGACCGUCCUCGGCACGGUUGGCCUCGUGCUGCAGGUAGUGCGGAUGGUGAUCAUGGCACCGUUCGUGCUGGUGACGAACUUUGCGUCGCUGCGCGACACGUUUGGUGCUGCCGUACCGAUGGCCGUCGAGGGCACGUCGGUUUCGGUGAAGCAGUGGCGCGCGUGGGUCGAGUUCUGGCAAACCGUGGCGUCACCCAUGAAGAACGCGGCGCGGGCGUGGUGGGACUCGAUGAUGCACGUCAGCACCUCGGCCGCGCGGCGUGAGAUGUCCAUACGGCGGUGGACCUCGCCCAAGCUGGAGCAACUGGCAAUGAUGGUGGGGGAGGUGCAAGAUUGCCUCAUCAUCAACGCACAGCUGUGGUGGACGUAUAUUCUGCUGCCAGGCAUCGAGCGCAAGGUGCUGCUGAGCGUGAUGCUGGUGUACCUGUAUUGGCUGUUCUUGGGCAUCUCCCCCGAGCUCUGGGAUGAAGUCAUCUACGCCUCCGGUGUGCGGCACCACCCGUCCCUCAGAAGAGGUCCAUCGGCGUCACCGACGGCGACGGUGACGUCGGCGAUACAGAAAGAGACACCGGCACCGUCCUCGCCUUUCCCAGUCGCACCACCAGCCAACAGUCACGCGGAUGCACAGUACAAGGCUGGCAGCAUCGGCACGUGCGACGGCGACAGAUAUGUGUCGGUGUCAACUACAUCUGUGGGUGGGCAGUGGAGCUUGUACGCCUACUUCCACAACCUGCUUCGGGAUGCUGGGAGCCACGCGUCUCCCUCCUCCUCUUCCGCCGGCACGCAACCGUCGUCAGCGGUCUCCGCGGAGAAGUGCUCGAGCGCCUCUGGCGUCAGCGGCGUCCGUUCCAUCACCUUGCGCCCGGAGACGCAGCAGACGUUUUCAGCCCUCGUGGCCGAGCUGCUGUUACCCAAUAUGGUGCUGGAGCUUCUGCAUCAUGUUCGCAGUGCGCUCGCGCUCGGCUGGUCCCGCGGUGUGGCGGUUGCGUUGCGCAUGGCGGCGGGUCACGUGCAGGUGCCGCAGCGCGACUGCACUGGUGAAACAUGCAACACGGGUAGCAUAGACUCCACCACACCCUUCCAGUGCUCGUGUGCGGAUUCGCUGGAUGCGGCGUUCGGAAAGAAGAGCCACACAACUGCGGACGCGGCGGCCGCGUGA